AAAGAAUUCAGCUACAAGGAGUGAAGAAGCCACCUUUCUGCUCAUCUUGUAAGAACUCUCAUUUCUUUUACAGCUUACUGUAGAAGUUGGGGUUAACCUCCAGAAUGGCAUCAAGUGGCUUGCAAAUCUUUGGCCUAUGUCUAUCAGUGAUUGGUUGGAUUGGGGCGAUUGCAUGCUGUGCAGUACCCAUGUGGAAGGUCACUGCUUUCAUUGGCCAAAGCAUAGUGACAGCUCAGACUGUCUGGGAGGGUCUGUGGAUGAACUGUGUGGUACAGAGUACAGGACAGAUGCAAUGCAAAGUGUACGAUUCUAUGUUAGCUUUGCCACAAGACCUUCAAGCAGCCCGUGCUCUGACCAUUGUGGUCAUUAUUUUAGCCAUCAUUGGAAUCUUUGCUGCCAUUGCUGGUGGUAACUGCACCAACUGUGUGGAAGAUGAGAACACCAAGGCCAAGGUCUGCAUAGUGGCAGGGAUUAUCUUUGUCCUGUCUGGUAUACUUCUGCUUAUCCCAGUCUGCUGGACUGCAAAUGUUGUCAUCCGUGAUUUCUAUAACCAGUUAGUACCUGCAGCCAAUAAGAGGGAGCUGGGAGCUUCCCUUUACAUUGGCUGGGCAGGUGCUGCACUGCUUCUGAUUGGUGGAGGUCUACUAUGUUGUAACUGCCCAAAAAAGGACAAUUACUCAACAAAAUAUACUGCCAGCAAACCAAGUCAACUAAACCAUGUAUAGUUCAUGCCUUGGUAGGGACUGUUUAUCACAAACAAACACAGACUUUGGACCAUUCAGCAACUCCCUGUGUCUCUGAACAGUUGAGAAAUGGCAACACGGAGUCCACUCUUUAUGGCAAUGCUGUGUCUGCUGAAGGUCCUGACCUCUUUGUCUAAUAUCUUCAGCAAUAAAAAUAAUAUGCAUAAAAAUGUCUGACUGAUUCAAAGAAAGAGACAAGACUGUCUGUUCAUUGGGUUUGCCCUGUCAAGAUAAGAGUAUGUUGCUAUGAAUCAAUAUUUGUAUCAUUGAAAUCACUGUCAUCCCCACAUCCUGACGUUGCAAUCCUGAGCAUGUUGCAUGACCCCCUAGCAUUUUACUGCUGUGUUUCUAUGGUUUUAGUAAUGUAAGGCCUUUUGUGAAGAAUUCUGCUGCCAUUCUCUGUACACUGUGGUCAAGUAAAGUGCAAAAAGUCUGAAACAGAAUGCUGUUACCAUGCGACUGACCUGGUGUCAUUUCUUUAAUAAAAAAAAGAGAAAAUUACAGUGAGUGCUAAUGUCCUCUCAUGAUGGGAACGUGAGGGGGAGGUCAUAUGUAUGUAACCAAAGGUAUCCCCCCCCCAUUAUUCUUCAGUUGUAACAAAGCCUGAGCCCUACAGACGUGCAGUAAGAUAUCAAGGUGUCACAUUGUGUAUUUAGUUUCAGACAAGCACAACAUAUUUAUAAUAUUUGAUGAAAACUUUACUAUUGUCUAUAGUCAUAGUUAAGAUUAUAGUCUUUCAUAUUUUGACUUUUUUAUGGCAUCAGUAUUUUACUAAGAGGCUGUUAACUGCCUUUUUUGGUCCCCUCAGACCUCAUUUGUACUGUCUCAGCCCUCAGUUCACACUAGGUCUACCAGCCAUCUUCCUACCCCCCCCUCCCGGACUUACUCCAUUUUUGCUGGGGCUGCUCUUCGUUCCUAAGUACAUCCUGGCAUCCUGGGGGCUCACCUCAACUGUGUUUCUAUCUAAGAAGUAUUUUUUUUUGUUUAUGUACUACCCACUUUCCUUUCCUUUCCUUGCACCCCCAUGCUCAUUGAUUGUACCCAUGGGCAAUUCCCCUCUUUGGACCAGGCCUAUCCUAGGGAGCUUAACAAUGAGAACUGCCCAACAAGACACACCUACUCAUCCCUUCCCUGCUGGUCAGUCAGCUGCCCAAACCUGUAAUCAAACCCAGGUUGGCUGGGCCGUAGUCAGGGUUUAAUCCCUCUACGCCACAAAAGUGGCAUAAGGGGCUGGUAACUGGUUUUAAACAAGUAACAUCACCUCCAGGCAACUAUCUAAUUAAUCACUGCACAUGUAUUGUGAAGAAAAAUGUUGGGUAUCAUGUCCCAACUGGGCUUUCAGUAACGCCUCAAAUUACUCUGAUAAAGUUAAACUUGUUAUUACAGUUGUAUACUGGUAUCCCAUUGUUAUGAGUAUAGGCCAAUCCAAAAAAAUGAUUAUCCAUUAUCCAGAAUAUUAUAUGCCUUAUUCAACUGUAAGUAAUGACCACUUCAGGGUUAAUGAAGUCUGAAUCAUUUCUUUCUGUUAUGUUACUUGCAGACAUUUUUAUGAAGUGUUUUAGGUAACGUGCAAUGAUGCGUCUAAUAUGAUGCAUUAUGUACUGCUGUGAAACUUUAAAAAAUGUACUGAUCAGCGUAACUCGUGAUUUUGUUUUUGUAAUAAUAAGAAAUAUUAUUGUAUGUAUAAAAUAUGUUCUUUAAGUGGACUAAGUACAUUUCUGAUGUUUUUUGUGCAAAA